CGUUGACCAUUAUCAACUCCACAGUGUCCCACAAAACAAGAACAGAGCAUAUCAAAAUAUAUUCCAUCAUCAAACCAAAUGCUACUCAAAGAAAGAGAAGCCCAAUUUGAAUGGUUCAGCGGAGUAAUAACGACUUGGGUCUGAACCGGUGGUGGAUUAGACCGUUUACACAAUAGCCAUGGGUUUCCCGUUGAUUUCUCGGUCUCCGACCGCUCCGUCGACGUCGUUUUGUUCUUCCUCCAGAGUCGGCGUGUUUGACUUAUUGCCGGCCGGCUUGAAGACGGCUGCGGCGGUGAAGAAGCGGCGCGUGGGCGAGUCGGUGUUGAGAGUGAGGGCUUCCGCGGAGAGGAGAGGUGAAGGGGUUGAUGGAAGAGGAGAGGGAGAGGGUCGUGGGGUGGGGUACACGGGCUCUGCCAUGGAGGUGACCACAUUCAAUCGCGGCUUCGAAGAAGCCGAGUUGGCUCUUUGGGAGCAAAUCGGAGCUGUUGUGCGACUCAGCUAUGGAAUCGGUGUAUAUGUUGCAAUGGGAUUAGCGGGAAGAUUCAUAUGUUCGAUGACAGGAACCGAUUCCAUGGGAGGUUUUGAUCUGUCAUUAGAUAGUAUUGUAGAAGGACUGGGAUAUGCCGCUCCUCCAAUUAUGGCUCUGCUGUUUAUACUCGAUGAUGAAGUUGUGAAGGUAUCGCCUCCUGCUCGUGCUAUUAGAGAUGUAGAAGAUGAGGAGCUAAGGAGCUUUUUUUCCGGUAUGGCGCCUUGGCAGUUUAUACUCAUUGUUGCUGCAAGCUCUGUUGGUGAGGAGCUUUUCUACCGGGCUGCUGUUCAGGGGGCAUUGGCUAAUAUAUUUCUGAGUAACAGUGAUUUGGUUGCGGAUGCUCGUGGAAUGGCAUCUCUGGCUGGGGUGCUGCCUCCAUUUGUACCAUUUGCCCAGGCAUUUGCAGCUGUGAUCACAGCUGCUCUUACUGGUUCACUCUAUUAUGUGGCCGCAUCUCCCAAAGAUCCUAAUUACGUUGUUGCACCCGUUUUACAAUCACACUCUGGUCGUCAAGAUCUGAAAAAGCUCUUUGCGGCCUGGUAUGAAAGGAGACAAAUGAAGAAGAUCUACUCUCCCCUCUUGGAAGGAAUUCUAGCGCUUUACCUUGGAUUUGAAUGGAUCCAGACAAAUAAUAUUCUUGCGCCCAUGAUAACGCAUGGCAUAUACUCUGCUACUAUACUGGGACACGGUCUUUGGAAGAUUCACGACCACAGACGAAGACUACGCCAUCGGAUCCAGCAACUCAAACAAGAAGGGAACUCUGGUAAACUUUAGAGUCGCAUAGUAACGAGUUUGUAGUUGGAUACGGGGAAAUUUGUAUAGAAAUUGUAGCAGAGUUCGAUUAGUAUACCAAAAAUGUAUAACAGAAUUAUAUGUAUACCAAUAAUAUAAGAGUUGAAUAGUAUCAAUCUGUUGAGGAAAUUUUCCAAAGUCGUCA